UAACACAGUCCCCUACUCCCUCUACACACGAACAGAGUAGUAAACGCUAAACCCAAACACACACAACUACUUUCUCUCUCUCUUUCUCACUUUCCUUUGCUUUCUCUCUUUAAUUUUCCUGGAAAAUAUUCAGAGGAGGGAGAGGAAAAAGGGACAACUUCGUCAGAGACAUACCCGAUCAGAUAUCGUCAAUUGGAGAGAGAGUAUCGAAACAGAGGAACGGUUCAUUGAGAUUUGCGCUCACAGAGCAAACCCCAAAAAAAUAAUAUAAGAAGAAAAAAAAAAUCUCAGCGGAUCAGGGUGAUUAAAGGCAAAGGCGGCGAUAAUUUAUGAUGUGCUUUUUCUUGGAGAGAGGAGGAGCUGAAUCACAUUGAAUUACAUUUACUCUUUCGUUUUCUUCGUAUUACGCAAAAUUUCUGCCAUUCUGUGUCUCCAAACAGUGUUUUCUGUUUCGCCAUUUUCUAUUCUUUCUCUCUCUCUCUCUCUCUCUCCUUUUUAUAUUCAUAUUUAUUUUUUACCCUGGUUGGGGAUAGUGAAUUGUGAUUCUAGAGCGUCAUCAAUGUCAUCAUAAAAGCUCGAAAUCGCUGCGAACAACGUAAAAAUCGAGGCGGUGGUAUAAGAUUAAGGGAACCCGACAUUCAAUGAGAUUAUUACCAACUUUAAUGGUCCGGUGGUUGCGUGUUUUAGAGAGAGAAAGAUAAGAGAUAAGUUUCAUUGAGGGAGGAACCACCAUUUAUGGUCUAGGUUUCUGGUUUAUCUUUUGUCUGGUUGAGUUGGAAGGGGACAGUGAAGAAGAAGAAAUCGCAGAAGACGCCGUUUUGAAAGCGAGAACCUUUGGUACUACCACUGGUUACUGGCUGCCUGCUUCUAAAGAAAAAAAAGAGGUUUAGUUUGUGAAGCUUCCUGGUUGUUUCAGAAGGGUAUAUUCAGGAUUUAGGGGUUACAAAUGAAGUUCAUGAAGUUGGGGUCCAAGCCUGAUACAUUCCAAGCUGAUGGGAAAUCUAUUAGGUACGUUUCAUCUGACUUGGCAUCGGAUGUCAUCAUAAAUGUUGGUGAGGUGAAGUUUUACCUUCACAAGUUUCCUCUCUUAUCCAAGAGCAGUCGAUUGCAAAAGCUAGUGUCGAAAGCAACAGAGGAGAAUUCUGAUGAAAUCAAUAUGGUUGAUUUCCCUGGUGGUCCAAAAGCAUUUGAAAUUUGUGCAAAAUUUUGCUAUGGUAUGACUGUCACUCUCAAUGCUUACAAUGUUGUGGCUGCUCGAUGUGCAUCUGAGUAUCUAGAGAUGACUGAGGACAUUGAUCGAGGCAAUUUAAUAUUUAAAAUUGAGGUGUUUCUCAACUCAAGCAUCUUACGAACCUGGAAAGAUUCUAUUAUUGUUCUCCAAACGACAAAAUCUCUUCUGCCAUGGUCUGAAGAUUUGAAGAUUGUUGGAAGAUGCAUAGAUUCAAUUGCUUCAAAAACUUCAGUGGAUCCAGCUAAUGUUACUUGGUCAUACACAUUUAACCGAAAAUUAGCAGAGCCUGACAAAAUCAUUGAAGAUGGUAUGAAGUUUCGAGAAAGAACAGAGUGUGUUCCAAAGGAUUGGUGGGUUGAAGAUAUAUGUGAACUGGAUAUUGAUCUCUACAAGAGAGUCAUGAUUGCUGUGAAAUCUAAGGGUAGAAUGGAUGGUUCUGUGAUUGGUGAGGCUCUGAAAACUUAUGCAGUCAGAUGGUUGCCAGAUUCCAUUGAAAAUUUGGUUUCUGAAGCCCAUAGUUGGAGGAAAAAAUCGCUGGUAGAAACAAUCAUUUGCUUAUUGCCAUCGGACAAAGGUAUGGGUUGUUCAUGUAGUUUCUUGCUGAAAUUGUUGAAGGUUGCUAUUCUAGUGGGAGCAGAUGAGUUGUUGAGAGAAGAUUUGAUCAAGAGGAUCACUAUGAGGCUGCAUGAAGCUUCUGUUAGCGAUCUGUUGAUUCCAGCAAAGUCUCCCCAGAUUACCAAAUAUGAUGUUGAGUUGGUUCAGUCUAUUGUAAACCAAUAUGCGAUGCAUGAAAAGCGUAAUGGGAGUUUGGAAGCUGUUGAGAAGAAUGAAAAGGGCAUUGAUGGUUUUGUCUUGGGAAAUGGAUCUUUAUUGAAUGUGGGUAGACUAAUUGAUGGUUAUUUAGCUGAAAUUGCUCGAGACCCAAAUCUCACUCUCUUCAGUUUCAUAGACUUGUCAAAGUCUAUUCCUGAAUCAGCUAGGCCUAUUCAUGAUGGGAUAUACAAAGCCAUUGACACCUACCUGAAGGAGCACCAUAGUUUAACAAAAUCUGACAAGAAAAAGAUCUGCGGAUUAAUGGAUGUGAAGAAGUUGACAAUGGAUGCAUCGAUGCAUGCUGCACAAAAUGAACGGCUGCCACUUCGGGUAGUGGUGCAAGUACUCUUUUUUGAGCAAGUUAGAGCAUCUGCCGCUGCACAGCCUGCUGUUAACAAUCACCCCCACAAUGCUUCUCCAUCAGCAACAAACACCGAUGAAGAAGAAUGCGAAAAGCCAGCUGUGGCAGCACAAAAAUGUAAGAAUGGGAAACUGGUGAAGAAGAGCAGCAAAAACAGUCGUAGUGGCUUGCAAUUGUUACCAUCUCGAUCAAGAAGAAUAUUUGACAAACUUUGGGCAGUUGGCAAGGGGGGGCAAGGAGAGAAUAGGAGCUCAGAAACGUCUGCAAGUUCUCAGAGUCCAACUUCUUUGGUUCCUGGUGAUACCAAGUCCUCUGGUUCAUCUUCAAGACCGAGGAGGCAUUCAAUCUCAUAGGUAAAGAAGUGGGGUUAUUUUGGUUCUAAUAAGAACAGAACUAGCCAGGAAAAUUCAACCGCCGAAGUGUAAAGAAAGAAAAGAUGGUAGGAUUUUGUUGUAGCUACUGGUGAAUUUGUCUACGUAAUAUCAAAAUUGCUGCUAUAUAAUAUAUAGUGGGAUGGGGGGUUUUAGUUAUUUACUGUUACAUAUAGUAGAUAUGCAAUCCGGUUUAUUGUUGUGUCUGUCUAACAUCAGUGGUCCGCGUCCAAUUGUAAUAUUUUCCUACUACAUUUAAUAUAUAUUUGUCCGCUA